AUCGCGGUUCUUAGAGAAGGCGUGAAAUCUUUUUCUCCCUGACGUGUACGAUCGUGAUUCAACAAUUAACUCCGUCCUUCUUCUUCUUCCUCUUGCGAUUCACUCAACCUCUCCGCCCAAUUUGGCCAUGUCCGCAUCGCCGUGGAAUUCAUAGACUCACUCUCUGCUCUCCAAUUCCACUAAGCAAUUCUUCUACAAAUGGCUGAAACUCCAAACGCCUCAACGUCCUCACCAAAACCCUCUACCAUGGACCCUCAAUCCCAGCCUUCCCAAAAUCCAAACCCAAACCCAAACCCAAUCCCUAAUUCAAAUCCCAACCCUUCAAUGUCAGCGCAAUCGCCUUCGAUCUCAAACUUCUCUCAACAACAAUCCCCUUCAAUUCACAAUAUCUCUUCCCCUUCUCUCCCCCCUCUCCCCCAAGACCCUCAGCAAUCACAGCAACAGCAACCACAACAGCAGCAGCAGCAACAGCUUCAGCAACAAUCACAGCAACAGCAACAAACGCAACAGCAGCAACAACAGCAGCAGCAACAGUCGCUUGUGAUGCAGCAGUCUCAGGGGAUGACCAUGAACCCUAUGUCCCAAUUCCAACUCCAGCAGACCCUCCAGCGGUCCCCUUCGAUGACACGGGUCAAUCAAAUGCAGUCUCAGCCGCAGCAGCAGCAGCUUGGCGUUAUGCGGCAGCAGGCUGGGUUGUACGGCGGCCAAAUGAAUUUCGGCGGUUCUGCUUCGGCGGCAGGUCAGCUGCAGAAUCAGCAGCAGCAGCAGCAACAACAGCCUCCGCAAGCGAAGAAGAGUAGGAGGGGCCCACGCUCAAGGAGCUCGCAGUACAGAGGUGUCACCUUCUACAGGAGGACCGGAAGAUGGGAAUCGCAUAUCUGGGAUUGCGGGAAACAAGUUUAUUUGGGUGGAUUUGACACCGCUCAUGCCGCUGCUAGAGCUUAUGAUCGAGCUGCUAUCAAGUUUAGGGGACUUGAUGCUGACAUCAAUUUUAAUCUCGUUGACUAUGAGGACGAUCUCAAACAGAUGAAAAAUCUCUCCAAGGAGGAAUUUGUUCACAUACUCCGUCGCCAAAGCACUGGUUUCUCAAGAGGAAGUUCAAAAUACCGAGGAGUGACACUUCACAAAUGUGGCCGGUGGGAAGCUCGAAUGGGACAAUUCCUUGGCAAAAAGUAUAUAUAUCUUGGGCUAUUCGACAGCGAAGUAGAAGCUGCAAGGGCUUAUGACAAAGCAGCUAUCAAAUGCAAUGGAAGAGAGGCAGUCACUAACUUCGAGCCAAGUACGUAUGAAAGCGAGGUCAAAACUGAAGCCAUUAGUGAAGGUGGCAGUCACAACCUUGACCUCAAUUUAGGCAUGGCUACCCCAGGACAUGAUCCCAAAGAAAACAGGGGGAAUCUUCAGUUCCAGUCUGUCCCUUACGAUGUGCAUCCCGGAAGAAGUUCGAGGAUGGAAACCCAUGUUAAUUCAGUUAUUGGUGAUCCGUCUUUGAAAAGGCUGGUUGUAAAUGAAGAGCGUUCUUCUGUCUGGAAUGCCUCGUAUUCGAGUUUCUUUCCCAGUGAGGAAAGAGCAGAGAGAAUCGGCAUAGAUCCCUCACAUGGAGUCCCAGGCUGGGCGUGGCAAACUCACGGUCCGGGCAGUGCUACCCCAGUACCACCGUUCUCUACUGCAGCAUCAUCAGGAUUCUCAAUUUCUGCUACCUAUCCAUCGCCUGCCAUCUUUCCAACAAAACCGAUGAACUCAAUUCCUCAGAGUAUCUCAUUUACUUCAUCCGUUGCACCUGGUAGCAAUGCAGCUCAUCAAUACUAUUACCAGGUGAAGUCCCCGCACGCACCAUCCUAACCCAUCCUUGUAAUGCAGACAUGAAAACAAAUGGCAGCAUGUCUGCUGAAAAUUCUUUGUAUAAUUCAGUCACUGAUUGGCGUAUACUGAGAUUUCUGAUUGGCACCUCUUGGGGUGAAACCAUUAUGCACAUAAUGUGUGAAGGAAAUGCUCUAUAUCUUCAAUUUAGUUGUUGGUUGUCAAAAUCCAUGGUAUUCCUUGCCAAUUUCCAGUUAAUAUUCAACCCUGAAAAUAGAAGGAAGAGAAUGCCUGUUGCUGUAUUUUCUCGUUGUGAAUUUAUCAACGUGCGUGGUUGACAUUCUCGACAGAUUAGGCAAAAAUAGAUUUGUUUGCUUUUCUCUUU